AUGGGAAGGUGGCGGAGUGCUCGACCCCCGAAUACAGGGGGAGGUGCUUCAGGUGCUUCUGGAUCUGGAGCACAGACUGGGCAUGGGCAUGGGCCCCCGCCGGGGCGAUGGCGCUCCCGACAAGGGGCAGCUGCUUCUGAAGACGCAAGGCAAGCCUCACACGUCGCAGGAGAUCGGCAUGCGGCAUGGCUGUCUCGCGUGAGUGUGGACUCCUCGCUGGGGCAGCUGACCAUUAAUAUGUCCAAGCUGGCCCUCAACGAUGAGGACAUACGAGACUGGUGCCGUUGGUUUCGACACCAUCUGCCGCGGCACAAACAUAGCCAGAAUCUGCAGUAUGCUCACAUCGACUUUGCAGAGAACAG